CACAGAGAUCCCAAAGACUUUCAUUCGUGCGCUUUCAUCAUGGAUCAAUCUGUAUGGGAGGUCUUUCGCGAGCUUCCCGGGCUUGUUGAAAAGCAAAAUCUUCUUUGCGAUCGAAACAAGAUAAUCAAUCUCCCAAGCAAAGACCAGGCAGCGAAACUAUCAAGUCUUCGCCCUCCCGACAAAGGACGCUCGAUAGAAGGUGUUCUCAAAGACGCCGAAGAGAUUCUCUCCUAUCGAUACAAUAUCGGUCAUCCAAAAUUCUUCUCGUUUGUGCCAUCACCAGCCUCACCAUUAUCAUGGCUGGGAGACGUUCUCACCACAGCCUUCAACAACUAUGCCGGGAGCUCCGAGUCGGGAGCCGGUAUUUGUGCCACCGAGGAAUCUGUCAUUCGCUAUGUUGCUGAACAAUUUGGACUGCCUCCGACGGCGGGUGGUCAAUUUGUCUCCGGUGCCUCUAUUGCCUGUUUGACGGCGGUCACAGUCGCACGGGAUCAGCUCCUGAAGGAAGAUAUGCGUCAGAAAGGCGUGGCUUACGUGACAGACGAUACUCACUUCUGCAUUGCAAAGGCACUCCGCGUCACGGGGCUCCUAGACCAUCAGAUAAGGACUGUACCUCACAAUUCAAAGUUUCAGAUGAGUACGGACCACCUUCGUCGUGCCAUCACCGAGGAUAUCCAAUAUGGCCUGAAGCCAUAUCUAGUUGUCGCCACUAGUGGGACAACCAGCACCGGAAGCGUUGAUCCUCUGAACGAGAUAGCAGACAUAGCAUGCGAGCACAAAAUGUGGAUGCAUGUCGAUGCGGCCUACGGAGGAUCCGUUGCCUUCUGCAAGCCCCACAGGGACCUUCUCAACGGCAUAGGACGUGCCGACAGCAUUGCCUGGGACCCACACAAAUGGUUGUUCCAAACCCUCGGAUGCAGCGUUGUUCUUUUCAAAGACAAGUCCCACCCACCCGAGAGCUUUGCCACCACUGCGCACUUCCUGCGCGACUUCGACCACGGGGUGGAUAAUCCGUGGAAUUAUGGAAUUGAGUUGACGCGACCUGCACGCCACAUGCGACUCUGGUUCUCCAUGCAGAUUCUUGGGAUGGAUAUGAUCGAUAGGAUGAUCUCGCGCGGCUUCGAUCUUGGCGAACUUGUUGAACGAAAGUUAAGGCAGCUGGAAGAUUGGGAAAUCGUCUCGCCCAGCACGAUGGCGGUUCUUAAUUUUCGAUUCAAACCGAAGGGUCUGGAUGAGGAUGCUAUCAACGAAAUGAAUAGUCUCGUGUCUAAGGAGUUAGUGUCGCAGAAUAUCGCCGUGAUCUUCACCACGUGCCUCGAUGGAGCAGUGUGUCUUCGGAUGUGCACGAUCAAUCCACGAACCACGGAUGACGACAUUCAGGAAGUUGUUGGGGCUCUUGAUUUGAAUGCACGCGCAAUCAGCAAGAGAUUUACG